CUUACAGCUGUGAGAUAAUACCAAAAUGGAUAGAAUCUUAUUGCUCUUGGUGGUAUUUCUCUUGGUUUAUUUACUAGCAGCGGAUGUAGAGGUUGACUUCACGCUGACACCUAACCGAGUGAAAGAAAGUAUGACUUUUAGUAUGGAAUGUAAAUACCCUGAAAAAAUACACAAUAUGAUGGAAUAUGUCUUGUUCCAAAAGGAUGAAUUAACCGAGAAAAACUAUAUUGCACGACAUGCAGAGGGAUCGGAAGAUGACUACGACGUCAGUAUCAAAGGCCGAGCGACGAUUGGUCACGGUGGGCGUGAGCUUACUAUUGUAAACGCCUCUGUAGAAGAUGUCGGGCUGUAUGGUUGUCGGAUAUCUUAUGUUCAAGAAAUACAAAACCAAAAUCAAUUUUACCAAAAUGCAUCACAAAAAGUACUUCUGGAUGUUGAAGUUGACAUCGAAAGCCUUAGCAUAGAAAACUGCAGCCAUGGCUGCUCACGGAAUUUUACAGUGGAAGAACAAUUAAAGUUAACAUGUACUGCCAAGAGAUCCAGACCCGCGGCAACUAUAAACUGGUUCAAGCAUAAAAGAAACGAAUAUAUUGACAUCGGCGGAGACAGCAUAUCAAACGUAACAGCAGUUGAUAAUUAUCUUUUCACUACCAUCAGUCAUUUAAUUUUUAACGUUACCGAGCUGGACAAUGGGUUCCGAAUCAUAUGUCAGGCAAACAACACGGUGACUGGAGAGACUCGCAACUCAUCUGAGGUUUACUUGAACAUACUUUUCCCUCCACCUGAAUGGAGCAGUGUCCCCAUACUUAGCAGGUACAACCAAGUGGCAGACACCAUGUAUGACGGAGACAUUGAAAAUCUCACAUGCAGCGUAGCUGGUGGUAACCCGCUAUCACAACUCACGUGGUCUGGAUGUCCCAACGGAAGUCAGACUGCCUUGUCGUCCUCCACAGAGGCUGUGGUUCAGCUACAGUUUGUAGCCAGUGCCAGUCACCACGGCAGCGUGUGUACAUGUACGGCAUUUCAGAAAUACGCGUCGCCACAAGAGAGGAGUUCCAAUGUCACCCUGCUCAUAGCCCAUCCACCAAACCUGGACAUAUGGGCCAGCCCACCGCUGCCCUGGCUUGCAACCGGAGACAACGCCACAAUCAACGCCACACUGAACUGUACUGCUACUGGUGGAUAUCCACCGGCGACGCUGUCAUGGAUGUGCAAGGAGAACAGUACACAGAAUGGAACAGAAGGUCCGUCUCUCAUGUCCGUGGUCCCUAUUGUUGGAGUGGACGAUGACAAAUUGGUAUGUGUUUGCGAGGCGAGGAACAGUUACACGGCGGUGAAAGGAAGGGUGUUCAAGGCCAUACAGUUAGACGUGGAAUAUCAUCCACAACUAAAAUUAACCGCCUUGCCGGGAAAUAUGGUCAACGAGCAUGAUAGUGUCCGUCUUAUGUGCUCAGGCUACGGGAACCCUUCUAACAUCACAUACAGGUUGGGGCACGGCGAAUGGAGCAUGAUUGGAAGUAACCAAACAAUCCUGAACUUGAAUAGAACAGAUACCGGAAACUACUCAUGUACUGGCGCUUCCAAAUCUAGUCGAUACGGGCAGCUGAUCACUGUUCAGUACUUGCCAAUAACAGUUAACUAUUUAGACGUCCAAAUUGCGAUACUAGAAACCAAUUUGAUGGAGGGGGACAAUGUUACUCUGGAAUGCCAGGCGGAGGGAGUGCCUUCAUUGUACGAUUUCAAAGAUUGGACUUUUCAGUCGUACUUCAUGAGCGACACACAGUUGCUUAACGGGACAAGGGGCAGAACUCUGCAUCUGGAAAAUAUCAACUACAUGGAAUCUGGAACUUAUACGUGUGUGGUUAAUAACAGUGCUUUAGUUCGGCAAGGAAGCAAGCUGUUGCCCAUUUUACAUUCCCCCAAACUUCACCCCUACCGGCAAGCUAGCCAACAAGUUGCGGCUCCCGUCAACGGUAACGUCACAUUGUCCUUGUAUAUUGUGGCAAACCCCGAACCCAAACAUGACGACUUUGUGUGGACGAAAGUCAAACCAGGCAACGCUUCAAGAAAUGUGUCAGAGCUUGCUUCAAGUGACGGGUUGGUGUCAAAUCUGACUAUUGGGAAUGUCAAGGAGAGUGACUAUGGGGAAUAUUGCUGUGAGGUCGCCAAUGGCAUAGGUGAAAAACUGAAAGCCCACCAUUGCGUCCAACAGGCUUACAUGAGAUUCCUGGACGUACCACAGCAAUCUCGACCCAAGUUCAAUGGGUUUCCGCUUUCAGUGGUGGCCUCACCCAAGUGUUCGUGGUAG